AUGCGUCUCUGUAGCCCUAUCAAUGGCAUAAUCAGCCGUCCCAAACCAUCGCGAUGGCCUAUCACCUCUCCCCUCCACCCCUGUCAACACAGACAUACAAGCUCCCUCUCAUCCCCAUCACCACCACGCACAUUCCCCACAACAGGAUACGAACUCCUCAAUCACAUCCCCAAGCUAGAAGAAGAAUCUCUCCCUGACUACCGAGCCGAGCGAUUCUACCCCGUCCACAUCGGUGAAGUCUUCAAUUCCCGAUACCAAGUCAUCACCAAACUCGGCUUCGGAUCCUCAUCCACCGUCUGGCUAUGUCGUGAUCUACAAACCAACAACUACCUAACCCUAAAACUCCACGUCCGCAGCACCCAACACACCCACCUCCCGGAGAUCCGCAUAUCCAAACACCUAAAACAAGCCCACCACACCAAAGCCGAACAGAGUAAACAUGUAGGCCAGAAAUACACCCGCCUCAUCCACGACUCCUUCGAAAUCCAAGGUCCCCACGGAAUCCAGCCAUGUAUUCUCUACCAACCAUCCGGAAUGGACAUCUGCGAUUACAUCCAAUGCCUGGAGGGCAACGCAUUACCAGAAGAUCUCCUCCGCGUUACCAUCCGGUUUAUGCUCAUUGCGCUGGAUUAUCUCCAUUCAGCUAAUGUGGUUCAUACAGGCAUCGAAGACACCUCAAUCCUCACCGACCUAGAAGAGGAAGAGCUCAACGAGCCUGCUCCGCGAAAACACCUUCCGGAUAAUAGAACCAUCUACGCUACGCGCGGAAUGCCCUUCACGACUGGGGAACCCAUGCUCGCUGAUCUGGGGGAGGCGAGAUUACUUCUUCCCAUUGAUACGGGCACGCAGACUAGUGGUUCUAUCAUCAUGCUGGGGUUAUAUAGAGCUCCGGAAGUAAUGCUUAAUAUGGAAUGGGAUGAGAAGGUGGAUAUAUGGGCUUUGGGGCAGACGGCAUGGUCCCUACUCCAAUCAACCCACCUCUUCACCAAUGCUCCAGAUCUGAUAUCACAGGAUGAUCAUGCUCGUCGCUUCGCAGAGAUUAUAGCCCUGCUUGGGCAUCCGCCGGGUGAGUUUUUGGGCGGAGUGAGGAGAGUUGGAAGUUUUGGGAUCGAGAUGUUUAAUUGUGUGUCUAUGGGUAACUGGAAAAGUCACGUAGAGAUUCCUGAAGAAUCCCUGGAUGAUCGAGUGACGCGACUCGAGGGCGAUAGGAAGAGGCUUUUUCUGCGGUUCCUGCGGAAGACGUUGAGCUGGGUUCCUGGGGAGAGGCCGAGUGCGAGGGAGUUGUUGAUGAAGGAUGAGUGGGUUAGGGGGAAGGAUUAUUGA